GUCAUGAUGUAUUGGCAGGCAACGGCACUUAUAUCGCUGAUAGCCGCUUUGUCAGUGGCAGGGCAAAUCCCUCCUCAGGAUAUGAUUCGAUGCCGAGCGUGUAAUAAUGCCGUGAAUCUUGAAAACUGCCCCACGAAUGCUGUUUGCGACAAUAGGACCGAGAUGUGCUACAUGGAGGAGAUAAUCACGGCAUCAUUUGAAAUCAUGUACCGCGGUGGAUGCAGGGCAAGACAGCACUGUAAUCCUUCAAUGCAUUUGAUUGGUCGCCGGAAUUCGCUUGAGGUUACAUCAUGUUCAGAAUGCUGUAGCCUUCACGACGGCUGUAAUGAGCGACUGUGUGGAAUCCGAAGUUUGGUAAACGUCAGUCAGUGCUACCACUGUGAUUCGAAUGCUGCUGGGGCCACACAAGGCGAUGUGAUGGAUCCUAACGACUGUGUUACCUUCACUACAUGCGACUCCAAUGAGGUAUGCCAGGCUGAGACUCGUCACCAUCCCGGUUCGCCAUUGACCUACAGAUACGGCUGUCAGAAUAAAAAUAUAUGCAAGUUGCUCAUGAAGCGAGCUUUCGAUCAUCUUCAAGCAUGUGAGGGACGUGAGGGCACUGAGGGGUGCCAGUUCCAGAGUACUUGCUUUGUCUGUUGUGCAGAAGGUGGAUGUAACUAUGGAGAUUGUAAUACUACGCUGAAAGAGUUAUACAGACAGUACAAGAUGAACAUAUUUUCUUUGGACACGCUAAAAUCGACACCUGCUGGCUAACUAGAUGACUAUUUUGUUGUGUCAACUUUUUCAGUGACAAUAAACUGACGAUGGAACUA